AGUUACCUACUAAGCGGCGAUAUAUACUAAACGACCAUUCGUCGCUUGUGACUCGCGCUGCUCCGGGCGCAUUGCACCUAAAGCUCUUGUGCUUUACAAGAAGACAUACGAACGAGUCUUCGAGAAGAACGAAUCGGAAAAAAUGCGCGAAAACGUAAAAGUUGUGCGAAGUGGUAGCAGCACCAGUUAUAAUCUGUGCAUCUCGAUAAGUUCGCGAUUCUUCGUAGGACGAUUUUAACUUUCUGUGUGGUAGGAGAUAUAAGAUAUCCGGCGUUGUGCGAAAAAACUUGGAAAACUUUCGCUGACGGAUUAUUAUUAAGAACUCCGAUGAUCGCUUUUCUCCCUGAUCUGUCUGACUUUCUGAAAAAGUUUUACUAGCUUCUCCGACUUCCUUCCUGUUAGCCUAGCGUAAUGAAGUAAAAAGAUAAACAAAAGAAACAGACCCCUAUCGGACUCCCGAAGUUUAAUCUAAGUGGUUCGAAAUGGAGUCUUAUCGAAAUCGAUUGGGGAAGCGAAGAUCCACUCCAAUUCCCGUUCUUCCCCCACGAAUCCCGACUCCAAUGCCGCCUCCUAACAACAACAACAUCCAAAAGUCAGGUCACGUGUCGGCGGAGGCCACGUCCAAAGUCCAUCCCAUGUCAGGAGUCGGUCCCGACGCGACCAAGCUUAUCUCUAAGGGCUCCUAUAAGCUGCUCGAUAACGACGUCAAAACGGCUUGGAUCAACCCCAGACUGAUUUCUAGGUUAAACAUGGAGUUGAUCCGAUCUACAGAAUAUAUAAUACCGGAAACAAAACCGAUGAAUGGGUACAACCACAACCUUUAUCAGAAGCAACAGACGUGUAAUAGGGCCCACGAGAAAGAGUGGGAGCCUUCAGUCAAUGGGCGCGCGAAACCUCCGCCACGAUACUCUGCAGUUUCUUCCCUUUCGCAGUCGAUAGCAGAUGCAGCAGCGUCGAGAACCCGCGACAAGACUGACCGCGAACGUACCAACAAAAUUAGCCGACAUCAGACCGAUUCGUUUAAUACGAAAGCGACGCGCUUUCUUGAGCCAGCCGGUAAAAGAAUCCCGCCAACCGAGCCAUCAAGCAUCAUUCCUCCUACGAAGCAACAGCAGCAAUCUUCGAUGGAACCGAAACAUUUCAAACAAAGACAACCCUUAGAACUUGCACUGCUAGAAAAAUCCGCGUACGAUCAAAGACUAUCGAAACACAGAACGCAAACGACGAACUGUGGUGCGGUCGAGAAGCCGCAAUACGCGCGCAUCCCGAACAGUAAAGUGCCGGUGGUUCAGGUGAAAAAUAAAGGACAUCCGAAAAACGCGACGGGAAAACCCGGCGUUGCCGAGCCGGUCGGUAAAGUGAAAAGUUUAGUGGGGUAUCAUGAGAGCAGUGUUGGAUACGUAGGGGGUGCACUUGUUGGUUCUGAGAAAGAAGUAUUUGGGGUUUAUGCGGAGACGAGGUACGCCUUCGCUGUUAAUGGACUGCCCGGAAGUGUUGCCCAAGCUUCGGCCGCUGCGGCUUUUUUUGCCAGAGCCGCCCAAAAGUUGAAUUUAUCAUCGUCUCCGCACCGAAAAAAAAGGAUCAGCUCGGAGGAUGCCGAAGCCGCAGGAUUUUGUGGUGCCCUGCAAAGGGCUCCUCCGCCCGUACCACCCGCAUUAUUACGCAGAAUUGGGGUGAAAGAAGUUACCGGCGUUGGAAAGGUUAAAGUAAUGUUACGGGUUUCCACGCUUCCAUCGGGCUCAUCUCCAGAAAACAGCAACUUCUUUAGCAUUGAUAAACGAAAAAAACAGGUCACUCUAAUCGAUCCAUCGGUAUGUGGCAGUUCGCCUGCUCCUGAAGACCGAAGAGUUGGUGUAGCAGCGCCCAAAAUGUUUGCUUUUGAUGCACUAUUCUCCCAAGACGAUUCACAGACUGAAGUUUGUUCAAGCGCUUUAACAGAUGUGAUACAUGCCGUCAUAAACGGUACAGACGGAUGUUUGUUCUGCUUUGGACAUGCUGGAUUAGGAAAAUCGUACACAAUGUUAGGUGCUCCAGACAAUACCAACACUUUGGGCAUAAUUCCUUGUGCAAUAUCGUGGCUGUUUCGUGGAAUUAAUGAACAGAAACAAAAAACCGGAGCUCGGUUUUCAGUUCGAGUUUCCGCCGUUGAAGUUUGUGGUCCUACGAACCAACUUAGAGACCUGUUGUCGUCCUACUCAAACGAUUCCGAACAAUCACCGGGCAUGUAUUUGAGAGACGACCCCUUGUUUGGCAAUCAGCCCCCUCAUUGCGAAUUACGCGUGCCAACGGCCGAAAAGGCCGCACAGUAUUUAGAUGCGGCCAUCGAGGGUCGGGCACCUGCUAAAGAAGACAGCAGAGACUCGCACCUUCUCUUCACUCUGCACGUGUAUCAAUACAGUGUGGCGGGAAAGGGAGGAGUUGCCGGAGGCCGUAGCCGACUGCAUCUGUUCGACCUGGGAAACUCCGAGAGGGGCAAAUCCAGCGGGGGUAUACCGCUAUCGGGUCUCGGAAAUAUUUUGCUCGCCAUUUUUAACGGACAAAAGCAUCUUCCUUACAAAGAUCACAAGUUGACUUAUCUUUUAAAAGAUUGCCUGAGUUCGUUGACGUGUCAUGCGGCGAUGAUCGCGCACGUAUCGCCGUUCGCUCAAAACUAUUCGGACACAUUGACAACAGUACAACUUGCGUCCAGGAUACAUCGCAUGAGGCGACGAAAGAUAAAAUUCGUGUCGGCAGGUGUGGGGAAUAGCUCGGGGGGCAGUUCGGGCGAAGAAGCGGCACGUACGACCGGCACAAGUAGCGAGCCCGAUCCAUCCAGCAGCGAUUUAUCUGCAGACACGGUUAUUUACGUGGGCCCUGCAGAUGACGCCACUGACUGCGAACACCCUCCGGUCUACAUCCCCAGCCUUAACUCCGGUGACAAUCGUUGCUCGAUGAGCAAAGCCUUGAGGGGUUCCGGGGCGGAACAGCGACCCGGAAAGCCUUCCCUGCCGCAAAAAUCGUCUUCCGACGAAAAAACGCCGACUCAUCGACCCUCCAUUAAAAAUCCACCAGGCACACGGACGUCACCCGCGCACAGUGGCAAUCAAAAAUCGUCACCUAGUCGAAACGCGUCUGUCAGAAAUAAAUCGUCUACGUCGGAGACUGCGAAGCACGCGCCUAAUGGAGCCAGCGACGAGCAGUGGAUCGACGGUCCGCGAAUUUCGAAAUCCAAAGUCGCCGAAGCGAGACACCUCAUGAAAGAACCGUGUCACGUAAAAAAACGAGAGACGUGGAUUGAUGGACCUAUGCAAGAAGAAAUAUCCGCCGGUUAUGGCUACAUGGAUAGCCACAAGAAAAAUAUGAUCCGGAAAUGGGUCGAGCACCAAACGUCUCAAAUACAGAAAAAGACUGGCACCCACGGAAAACCAGCCGACCCCAAACUUUCGAAAGAGUCUACUAAAGAAUUAACGCAAUUCAAAACUUGUGAUGGUGAAGUUGUUAAACCUGCUGGAACGUCCAAGCAGCAACCCAUCGAAGAGUCGACCAUAAGAACGGGAUUGAAACUUGCGGCCGGAAAAAAUAGCGACGUCAUUCAGGAAUGCGAAGGCGAGGAAACCUACGAAACUCAACGAGAAGAAGAACAAGAGGAUGAAGAUGAAACUGUGGAAAUUCCUCCAGCGUUGCCAUUAAUCCAACCGUUAAGUAGUAGAGAGGUUUCUUUGGAAAGUUUAGAUAAUCUUUUGAAAGAAAGACUUUCGUCCAAUCCCAAUUAUUCAAGCCAAAAUCAGUAUCAAGGUAACGAAUAUGGAGAACAUUUGGGCAGUGAUGAUGAAAUAUUAGAGAUAAUUGAAGUAGAAGAACCUUUAGAACCAGUACCUACACAAGACUGUUGUUUACAAGUAACCGAAGAAGAUAUAGCUUUUUGUAUGGGUAUUUUAGAAAAUCCUUUACCAGAAGUAGACCAAGAAAAUCCUUUAGAUCACCCUCUUAGAAUACUAAGUCAAGAAAAUUUAACUGUUGUUUCAACCUUUACGGAUUCCAUGUCAGUUUAUACAGACCUAGAACGUAUAUUACCUCGAAACAGGUAUGAUCCUAAAUACAAUCCUUACAAUAACGAUUACGAAGAUCCUGAAAAUCCACGGCCCGGCCGUUUCGACGAAACCAAUCGAUUUCCUCAGUUAUACCCCGUGUAUUCGAAUCCGAUAUCGAAAGUUAACCCUUCUCCUCUGGAAUUUAUCCAAAAUAGACGGUUCGACCAAAAACAAUUCAAUCGUAGCGAAUCUAUGUCGUUGUCUGAUAUGCUUUAUGGUAUCGGUGGUGUAGGAGCUCAUGAAACUAGCAGUAUUUACAGCGAACCAGCUUACAUCCCUGAUCAGGAAAAAUUCUGUGAAAAUUGUAAAGUAAGUAUGUCUAGACCAGCGACAGCGCAACAUUGGUAUGCUGAUCCUUAUUUAUCGGCCAGCAGUACAGAACUGGUCAUGCCAUUUGUAGACGUUCCCUCAUUGGGUCCCCGAUUCCAAAGGUACAGUCACAAGUACAAAGACAAUUUGGCAUACCUGAGACAUCCUGAUGGAGCCUCGAAUCCGAAUUUAAAAGAAGAAAACGAAAGACUGACGAACAAUGGGACCUUUUUGUCUCAUAAGAUGUGCAACGUUUCGACGAUUUUGACUGAGACUGCGAAAACCACACGUCCAUUGACACCUCCCAAUAGUCUUCCAUCCACGGAAAGGAUCAAUCCGAAGAUAACGAGCGUAGAAGCUGGACUAACUUCUAUUAAAUUGAACCAAAAGACCGAAGAAUACGACAGCGGACAUGAUUCUACGCCUCGUACAUCGAAGCACAGUCCAGCAGCGAUUUCGAGAAGAGCGGAAAGUGGCUAUGACAGCGUCGUUCGUGAUAGUGAAAGCUCUAGUAUAGAUUCAGAACCGACUAGAUUGUCUCACAGCGCUCACGGAAAACGUGGUAAAUGCAAACAUAAGCAUGACAAAUCGUUUUGCUCCUGGUUUUUACAUCCGUUUACCUGCAAAUAUAUCGACGAACCUCCCGAAACCCAUUUCUAAUAAAAAUCGCUUAGCAAAUUAAUAAGUAGCUUUUUUACUCAGGAUCAAGGCUGUUGUCAGGAUAAACAAGAGAGAAACAAACAGAGACAGCUUGUUUCGCGAUAAAAAUAAGUAUAAGGGAAACACCAGACCCUUUGGAAAAUUAAGAAAAGAAAAUUUUAAUGCACUUUUAUACAUACAUAUAAGCAAAUAAAACCUGAAAGACUUUAAGUACGAAUUUUUUGUAUUUGUAUUGUAUAUAUAAACAAUCACUAAAUUAUUUUUUGUCAUUUUCGAAAAAAAAAAAUUAAUAACUCCCUUGCAUAUCAUACUCGCCAACUGUGGGGAACAAAAAUUUAUAUCUUAUCAAAAUUAAAAUUAAAAACAAAAAAACAUUUACCCAAAGCGAAAGACUGCUUGUCAAUUUUAGAUCUCAAAAAUUCACUUACUACCCUUAAUAUCGAUGCCAUAAGAAAUUGAACCCAGAAUUUUUUUGUGAUACUGUUGCUUAAGAAUUUUUCGUUAGUUUUUCGUGUCCUAUUUUUGUAGCAAUGUACUAUAUACACGUAAGUAUUUAUAGUAUAUAAGUAACAUAAUGUAUUUACUUGUAAAGGUUCAUCUAUUUAUUUGACUUUUUAUACUGUUGCUAUUUAAAUUCAGUUGUAAUAUAGCUGUUAGACUU